AUGCGGUCUUUUCUUUCUUACAUAAUACCCCUUUUCCUUCUUUCGUGCCAGGUUUUUGCUUCCGAUUACUACGAGCAGCUCAACCUCAAGCCCCUACCGCAUUCCGCCCUACUUGCCAGUUUCGACUUUCGGUCGAAUACGAGUCUGUCGCAAUUCGAGGCCCAGAACUUCCGAUACUUCCCGCGAUCGCUGGGCCAGAUACUACAGCAUGUUGGAACGAGGGAAUUGCAUUUGAGGUUUAGCUUGGGAAGAUGGGACGCUGCAAGUUGGGGAGCACGCCCCUGGGAUGGCACCAAGGAGGGAGGAACUGGUGUCGAGCUAUGGGCAUGGCUGGAAGCUGAUACGGACGAGGAGGCCGAUCACAAGUGGCUUACCUUGACGAAUGCUCUGUCCGGUCUCUUCUGCGCGUCGCUCAACUUCAUCGACGGAACCCGAACCACUCGGCCCGUCAUGUCCUUCAUAUCCGAAGGAGAUCACCCGAACUCGACACUGGCGAAUAUGCACUUGCUACACGGUAUUCUUCCGCGAGAGGUGGUUUGCACCGAGAACUUGACCCCUUUUCUGAAGCUUCUACCCUGCAAGGGCAAGGCUGGUAUUUCGAGUUUGCUGGAUGGGCACAAGCUAUUCGACGCAUCGUGGCAAAGCAUGGCAAUCGAUAUUCGACCCGUCUGUCCAAGUGACCAGGAGUGUGUAUUGGAGAUCGAGCAGACAAUUGAUAUGGUUCUGGACAUUGAGAGGUCCAAACGGCCAAGGGACAACCCCAUUCCUCGACCACCACCAGGUCAUGACCUGAAGUGCAACUCGUCCAAGCCUUACCAUGCUGGCGAUACGUGCUUCCCUGCCGACUCUAUAGAAGGGCAAGAGUGGGCUCUGGAUCAAGUCUUCGGCAAGACGAUGAAGGGUACUUGUCCGUUGACAGACCCGGAUGUGCCGCCAGUCUGCAUCCAGGCACCAGACAGUCGGGAUGUUUACACAUCAGCUGGUGUGACUGAGCUCAAGACCCCGAGUGGGCUCUCACGAUGUUAUAAAGUCCCGUCCGACUCGGAGUUCUCCUUGGUUCUCCCUCGCAUGUCACAUGAGGGCGAGAACGCCAAGACCAAUGCCGAUGAGAUGGUGGAGCCAGAAACACCACUACUAUACGCAGAACGCAGUUUCACCGGGCAUGGCCAGGAGCGCGGUGGUGUCCAGUCGAUCCUCACAAACCCAAGUCCCGAUACCGAAGUCGAGUUUAUCUACAUGGAGACUUUGCCUUGGUUCAUGCGCAUCUAUCUGCACACCCUGAAGACCCGUAUUGAGGGCAUAUCUGGGUUCAACGAAGACGUCGUCAAAGAGAUAUACUACCGCCCAGCGCUUGACCGCGCUCGAGGUACGCAGCUCGAAUUACGGAUGCGCAUCCCCCCAGCCAGCACCGUCUUCCUCACAUACGACUUUGAGAAGUCCAUCUUGCGAUACACGGAAUACCCACCUGACGCGAACAGAGGAUUCGACGUCGCCGCAUCAGUCAUCACCAUCCUUCCGUCCACUGCUCCCAACGCCCCACCCGCGCGGCGGAAGACGUCCAACCUACGAACCACGAGCUUGUUGCUCAGCUUGCCGACUCCGGAUUUCAGCAUGCCGUACAACGUGAUCAUCUUCACCAGCACAGCUGUUGCUGUUGCGUUUGGUGGACUGUACAACAUCUUGGUGCGGAGAUUCGUGGCUGCGGAUGAAGGCCCCGCGGUCGCGGGCGGCUUGAAAGGCAAGAUCAUCGCGGGUGUCAGCAAGCUCGCUGCGAUGUUCAAGGGUGCAAAGGGAAAGGUGGAAUGA